CGAUAAGGAGAUAAAGGAGCGACGAUGAAGCUAAACACACGCAUAACACAACCAUUUUUUAUUGUUCCUCUGAGACCAUACAUAUAAGGCAAUUUCGCGACAUGUUGAUAAUGAUAUUUUAUCAUCAGACCUGGGUUACUCAUUUAUUUGACGGAGAUGACAAAUUCAACUUAAUAUUUAGUCAAGUGAUCAUGACGAAAUUGACAUACAGUUAAAAUCAAGUACAUGUGUACAUUUGCAUACAUACAUUUACAUUUCGUCGUCAGUGAAAUUCUGAGGUUAUGGCAAAUAGGUUAAUUAUUAAUUGGUGGUUGUAUCAGUGUAGUAAAAUAGUAGCUUGAUCUCGUCAAACAAUAUGCGUAUAAUUAUUCAUAUUAAUACUGCCGUCAGACAAAUUGGCGUAGUGCAAUAGUGGAAUGUGUAAUUCCUAUUAUAUUUACAACCUUUCUAAGAUUAAAAGGUUCAGGAAAGUUAAAGACGAUGCAAGGAGCAGUGGGAAAUUUUCUCAAGACUUACACGACCCCACGGUUACUGCAAGCAAAUAACACCCGCCUGCAACUUUGCUACUUACUCCAAUUAGGAGUUAUCGUCAUUCUUUUUGCAUUAUAUGCAAUGGUAUAUCAUCAAGCGCAUCAGCAAAGAUGCCCUGUCCGAGGAGUGACGACCUUUCAAUCUUUUGGUGGAUUUUAUAUGCCAGAAGAGACGGAAGACCUUAAUCAAAAAUACCCAACGAUAUUCCAAAAAUUUUGGAGCGCGUCUGAUAUUGUUGAACGAUCUGAAGAUGGGUUCAUGGUGUUAUCAAACAUCGUCAUUACCCCAAACCAAACACAAAAAACAUGUCCAGAAAGUCCGAACGUUCCCAAAAGUAUUUGUACUGAUGACCCAGAAGAGAAGUUAAACAGAAAUUUUUCUUACACAGAAUGCCAAAAGGGCUCUCAGUCUGUGAGUGGCGUUCAAACGGGCCUGUGUGUCUACAAUAGCUUGGACACGCUUAAAUUCUAUAACAUAGCUUUCGGUCGUCCAGGCACGAUGACAUGUGAGGUCGAAGGUUGGUGUCCUUUGCUACCGCUUUCCCCAAGUCAAUCCCACCAAACGUUUCAAAACUCCUCUGAUGGAGCAGUAUUAGAAGGGGCAAAAAAUUUAAUUAUAUUAUUGAAGACAGCGGCAGACUUUCCUUUGUGUGGGGACACUUAUUUUGGAAUGCAUGAGACACUUGAAGGAAAGCCCAACUGCAUGUACCACCCUGUAAAUAAUCCUAGUUGUCCUUGGUUUACUAUUCAUGAUCUGGUGCUAUACGGCGGCUUUAUUUCGUUUACGAACAUCGCAUCUACUGGACAAAUUUUCAGAAUCACUGUGAAUUGGCAAUGUGAUUUUGAUUGGAAAGAAAGUUGCGUUCCAAAAUAUUCUAUUGCGCCCGUGUUUGGUCGUCAUCAGGAAUGGGAAUCUUUCUAUAAAGAAGAACCUUUUUACCAGAGCCAAGGAACUCGGACUCAAGUUCGGAAAUUCGGACUAAAGUUUAUCAUCGAGCAUCAAGGGGAAGGACGAAAGACAACAAUGUGGCUUUUGAUGAAAACUUUGUCUUUAGGCUUCCCGUAUUUAUUUAUUCCUGGCUUCGUCAUUACCUUGCUCUACAACAAGUUUUUCAAGAAUAUGAAAAAAUUCAAGCGGAAAAAGUAUUAUCAGUAUUCAGAGCAAGCCGAUGAAGAGCCACUCAUUCUCAAUGUGGACCCAUCUUUACUGGAGAUUAGGCACAAAAUUGUAUGAAGAGAUAUAUACCAUGAUCGUGAGGAACAACGCUACAUGCUAACAUGUAUAUUAUGUAUGUACAUAUUUACUCGAUGCGUUACACAGAUAAAGUUAAAUAUGAUAAUUUCCGGUAAUUAUACGGAAACUGUACGUUUAUUACGUAAAAUUUUUGCGAUUCACAUAGUAUUUAUAUCCGCGCAUCAACAAUAUAAAUAUCAUUGCAGUAUCAUUCAAACGACAUUAAUUAUGGCAGUUGAAUCUUUUAGUAUAAGU